GCGGAGGAGGGAAUGGGACCGAGCCCAGCGUCGCUGUCAGGGAGGGUAAAGCUAUCGGAGCAGAGGAGGGGAGGGCAGGCCCGGGUCCAGGGCUGUAAAUCCAGGGACAUUUGAAUCACAAUUGAAUCCGGUCUGAGGUGAAAGAGGCUCGGCUGGCUGGCUGGCUGCGCUGCGCUGCGGGGGAUGUGCGCACACAAUGGGAGACGACGCGCUGGCUCCGUCCGGGACGCGGCGGCAGAAUAAAAUUCACCUCUCUGUUUGUUUGUAAUGGAGACGCGGACACCGGAGCAGGAUCCAGAGACGUCAGCGGGACACACGGCGGAGGACUCCCGGGGGUAAGGACUUGUGUGAAAGUGUUUCUUCAUGCCGGGACGGAGCGCUGCUGCGAGCCCGGAGAGAGGAGCUUGGGACGCGCCUGCUGCCUGUUUGUCUCGUUUGCUGCCAGUUUAAAUUCCGCUGGGAUGAACACGGAAUGUAUUUCCUGCGUCAAAGUCCGCGCUGUUUGCACAUCUGGAUAAGGGGAGAGUCGGUUAUUGCCCCGUAGCGUCCCCCCCCCGGUGCGGUUGAACCCGUUUGUGGAGAAACGUUUCAAGUCAAUUGACCACUUCCAUGUUUUAGACCCUCAGACUGCAGAGCUCAGUGUGAGCAAAACAACAGAAACCCUCUUUUUAGUUUAAUAAAGACAUCAUAAAGGAGACGACAGGAUCAUUUGAGUGAUUUUUCUAAUGCAAUAAAGCCUCGUUAGAGUUUCUGUUGGCUGCUGCAGACUUUAGAUCAGAGCUGAAGAGGAGCUCUUUCAUCAGGGAUGUACCUUCUGGACAGUAACUGCACUGAAAGGAUGGAGAGGGGCACGCCUCAGAGGAAAACUGUCUACCGCAUCUCGCUCACCUUGGUGAAGAGGGAGAGUUUAGAUGGUGAGGAUGAAGGCUCAGGCCCCCGGCGGGCGGAGAACCCCAAGGUGGGCACCAUCCGGCGGGAGAGCUCGGUGGAGAUCCAGCGUGGCGGCCUGCUGGAGCAGCUGAAGGAGGUGGAGGACGAGUCGGACGACUUGUCGUCGUCCCGGGGCUACAUGAGGAACUUCAGGACGUUCAGCACGGGGCAGCUGGAGCUGGGGAGGCUGAAAAUCUCCAGGAAACAGCAGCUACAGAAAGAGCCGAAGCAGAAGGCCUCCAGCCCGGUGGCAGAGCACGCCGCGGAGGCCCCUGAGAAGAUGUCGGCACAGAGUCAGGAGCACACUCGGGGGGAGAGCAGAGAGCAGGAAGCGGAGGACUCAGACAGACUUAAAGAGGAAAUCUGCUCUGAAACUCACAAACAAACAGACGCUGCCGUGGAGACGAGCGGCGUGAAGAAGAAGAAGAGGCUGGUGAAGGCUCAGAGCAUGGAGGAGAGGAGCUCCGACCCUCCUCUGAACGGUGAUGGGUCUCACUCCAAGAGCAACGGCAAAGCAGCCAAAGCUCCCUCCCCUGAGACGCCCCCUCUGAAGCGGCCGCCCGGCCUGCUGCGCCGCAGCUUCAGCUUCAGACACUGGAGCGGCGGCGAGCUGCUGCGUCUGCGAGCGCUCUCCAAAGACAAACACCACAGCAGCUCCAGCUGCAUCGGGCGUGACGCCGGGCCGGGCGGCGGCGAGAAGGAAGCGGAGGCUCCUGUCGCGCUCCCGGCUUCCCGCCUCGCCGACCCCACCAGAGUGAAGAGCAGGACUCUGGAGGUCGGCGCCGUCCUGAACAAGACGGACUCCAUGUCUGAGCUGAGCCGCUGGGAGAGAGCGCGGGGCAACAAGAACCGGACGCUGGACAACAGCGACCUGCAGCGGCUGGCGGCUGAGAGGGACGGGUCAGGAGGGGGGUUCCUGCUGAGGGGAGGGGGAGGUCGCUCCAGCGAGAGGCGUCUGGUUCGCUUCUUCAGCGGGAUCUUCUCCAGGAGGGACGGGGCAGCCACCUCGACCCCGGUGGGAAGCCCCAGCAGCCUCCCGCGGAGCAAGAGGAGGGUUCUGUCCCAGUCCAGCACCGAGAGCAUGAACGGAGGAAGCUCUGAAGAUGCGUUUGUGAACAGUCAGGAGUGGACGCUGAGUCGAUCGGUACCAGAGCUGAAAGUGGGCAUUGUGGGUAACCUGGCCAGUGGUAAGUCGGCGCUGGUCCACAGGUACCUGACAGGAACGUACGUCCAGGAAGAGUCCCCUGAAGGCGGACGCUUUAAGAAGGAGAUCGUGGUCGACGGUCAGAGUCACCUGCUGCUCAUCAGGGAUGAAGGGGGCCCCCCGGAGGCUCAGUUUGCGUUGUGGGUCGACGCCGUGAUCUUCGUCUUCAGUCUGGAGGAUGAGAUCAGCUUCCAGACCGUUUAUCACUACUUCAGCCGCCUCGCCAACUACAGGAACACCGCCGACCUGCCGCUGGUCCUGGUCGGCACGCAAGACGCCAUCAGCUCAGCCAACCCGAGGGUGAUCGACGACAGCCGAGCCAGAAAGCUCUCCAACGACCUCAAACGCUGCACCUACUACGAAACCUGCGCCACCUACGGCCUCAACGUGGAGCGGGUCUUCCAGGACGUCGCCCAGAAGAUCGUGGCUACCAGGAAGAAGCAGCAGUUGUCCAUCGGGCCGUGCAAGUCGCUCCCCAACUCGCCGAGUCACACGUCCGUCUGCGCCACACAAGUGUCAGCCGUCCACAUCAGCCAGACGAGUAACGGCGGCGGCAGUUUGAGCGACUACUCGUCGUCGGUGCCGUCCACGCCCAGCACUAGCCAGAAGGAGCUCCGCAUCGACGUGCCGCAGACCACCAACACGCCAACGCCCGUCCGAAAGCAGUCCAAACGCCGCUCCAACCUCUUCACCUCGAGGAAGGCGAGCGAGUCGGACAAGGACAAGAAAGGCCUGGAGGCUCGAGCCGACAGCAUCGGCAGCGGGCGAGCCAUCCCCAUCAAACAGGGCAUGCUGCUGAAGAGAAGCGGUAAAUCCCUCAACAAGGAGUGGAAGAAGAAGUACGUGACGCUGUGUGACAACGGACUGCUCACCUACCACCCCAGCCUGCAUGACUACAUGCAGAACGUCCACGGUAAGGAGAUCGACCUGCUGAGGACCACGGUGAAGGUCCCGGGGAAGAGGCCGCCUCGCGCCGUGUCCACCUGCGCGCCCGUGCAGAGUCCCAAAACCAACGGCCUGACGAAGGACAUGAGCAGCAUGCAGCUCGGACAGACUCCAGGUUCGGUGAGCAGCAGCUCGUCGGUGUCUCAGAUGGCGAGCGGCGUCAGCUUGGUGUCCUUUAACAGCCGAGGUCUGGAGGGGAUGCACCAGCGCUCCUACUCCGUCUCCAGCGCCGACCAGUGGACCGACGCCACCGUCAUCGCCAACUCCGGAGUCAGCACGGAUACCGGCCUCGGAGACUCGGUCUGCUCCAGUCCCAGUAUCUCCAGCACCACCAGUCCGAAGAUGGAGCCGCCGCCAUCGCCGCACGCCAACCGCAAGAAGCACCGGCGGAAGAAGAGCACCAGCAACUUCAAAGCCGACGGCCUCUCUGGUACUGCGGAAGAACAAGAGGAGAACUUUGAGUUCACCAUCGUGUCGUUGACGGGGCAGACGUGGCAUUUCGAAGCCACUUCGUACGAGGAGCGAGACGCCUGGGUGCAGGUCAUCGAGAGCCAGAUCCUGGCCAGCCUGCAGUCCUGUGAGAGCAGCAAGAACAAGUCUCGUCUGACCAGCCAGACGGAGGCCAUGGCUCUGCAGUCCAUCAGGAGUAUUCGAGGAAACGGCCGCUGUGCCGACUGUGAAGCCCAGAACCCGGACUGGGCGAGUCUGAACCUCGGGGCCCUGAUCUGCAUCGAGUGCUCGGGCAUCCACAGGAACCUGGGCACCCACCUCUCCAGGGUUCGCUCUCUGGACCUGGACGAGUGGCCGCUGGAGCUCAUCAAGGUCAUGUCGGCCAUCGGCAACGAGCUCGCCAACAGCGUGUGGGAGGCCAACGCGCAGGGACGCCUCAAACCUGGGCCGGACGCCAGCAGGGAGGAGAGGGAGCGCUGGAUCCGGGCGAAAUACGAGCAGCGUCUGUUCCUGGCGUCGCUGCCCGGCACCGACCUGUCUCUGGGCCAGCAGCUGCUGAGGGCGACGGCCGAGGAGGACCUUCGCUCCGUCGUCCUGCUGCUCGCCCACGGGUCACGACAGCAGGUCAACGAGACCUGCGGAGAAGGAGACGGACGCAACUCGCUGCACCUGGCCAGCCGCAAGGGCAACGUGGUCAUCACGCAGCUCCUCAUCUGGUACGGCGUGGAUCUGAUGGCGAGGGACACCCACGGCAACAGUGCGAUGGCAUACGCUCGGCAGGCCAACAGUCAGGAGUGCGUGGACACGCUGACUCAGUACGGCUGCCCCGACGAGCGGUUCCCGCUCAUGGCCACGCCCAACCUGUCGCGCCGCAACAUCAACCGCAACAACAGCUGCAGCAGCGCCGGGAGCGCCGCGCUCAUAUGACGAGGGCAUGUCACCGUCUGACUCUUUAUGACAAACAAACAAACAAACGCCGAUUUGGGAGAAUCCUGACCGUUUAUUUUGGGAACCACUACCUGUUGCGACUCUAAGCCCCGCCCACCUCACCUGAGAGCCACCACUGCCGCUGUCGGCUCGUUAAGACUGAUUAGAGCUUAUCACGGGUCAGUGGUGGCGCUGUUUGUUUGGGAGAACCCUCAACGGGUGGGGAAACCCUAAAACACGGUGGGAAAUGUGGUCCACAGUCGCCGAUGGCUCAUCAGAGCUCUUUGGGAAAUAAUCACGUGACUUAUGACAGCCAAUGACGGCCAGUCUGAAAGCUCUAGGGAAAUCAUACCUCAUCACACAGCUAUACUUUAACGCUACGCGACCAGCUCCCGCGCAACCUCGCCACGCAUCAUCCGGCCAAUCAAAAUCUGUCUAGCCAAAACAUAUGGUCACAACAUAAGGAAGCAAACUGUGAGACAAAAAUAUCAGGAGGGGGGGGGGGCGGUCUUCAUAGCAUGCUCACACACAGGAAGCCAUCUGAACUGCACAUCAUCUUCAUCAUCUUCACCAGUCGAGGACUCCUCUCUGUUGGAUCCCUGCAGCUUUUCUCCUCCUCCCACCUGUACUUUUUAUUAUUUUAUGAAUUAUGUGAACCCUCCUGCCUUUACACCUUCUUUUUUUUUUAAAUGUGAACAAUAUCUCGAUGUAAAACUUUAAGAGGAAAAAAAAAGAUAUCAGAUCUUAGAGGUGAAAAAGAAGUGUGGUAGAUCGCAUGUCCUAGACACUUUUUGCUAUUUUAAUUUAAGGAUUUUUUUUUUCCUUCUCCUGGAUUGUGUAUAUUGUAUCUCGAUGUGCAUUGCUGGACCAAUCGUUUAAUAAUGUCAACACGGUAAGGGGAUUUAUUUAGUUUGUUUCCGGGUGUAUAAAGUCGUUAAGUGUACAGAAGCUCUUGCCAGGCUCAGGGACCGGAGACUCUUGAUCAUGAACACCCCAUCGUCUUUUCCCAGAGUCCUUAACCCAGCGUUCAGAGCGUUUCAUUUGUUUUCACUUCACUCAGCUCAGAAUCUAACAAAAUUUAUACUAACGUUAUAAGGGAAUAAUACUUUCUAGAUCGUUCCUCAGCUAUUCUUGAGCUGGACGAUAUGAUUUAAGAUCCAUGUCAUGAUGUAUUGUCACAUUUCUUCCUUGAACAAUAAUAAAUAUAACGAUUUGUAUGUUUUGGGGUUACAAAUAAUAAUGUUUUUCAGUCAUCAAACAAUCUGCUGAUUAUUUUCUUUAGUUUUCCCCAUAAAAUGUCGGAAGAUCUUCUAGUUCGUCUUUUUGUUAGACCGCCAGCCCAAAACCCAAGACCCCAGAAACUAAAUAUGUACUAAACUGUUCUUGUUCUUCUUCACAUGUUGGAUUUUUAAUACUUUUCUGAACUGAGUGAACUGUGAGCAUCUUAAACCCGAGCCUGAUUUUACAUCCUGGUCAAAUAACAUUUCAUUUAAAGUGUCCCUGAAGUGAAUUUAAUUGUUUUAACUUGUAAAAAAGAAAAAAUGGAAUAGACAAGGAAGCAGCUAAGAAACUAACGGAGCGAAAAGGGAAUUGAUCUGCUUCUCCUUGUUCAGGUGUUUUUGUUAAAUCUGUGAGUUCAGUUCACAGAAUCUGCUGUCAGCUCAGACACAUCACGGUGGUGAUGAGAGGGAGGAAACUUUUUUCUUUGUUUCAUUUCAGCUGGUAGAAAACUUUUCCUUUUAACAGGCGUAAACGCUCAGUAGAAUGAAAAGAGUCAGUGAACGUAACACAAGUUCAAAGUUUCAUGGCCACAAAAUAGUGUUUCUGUGUAUAAAAAUCCGUUUGUAAUGCUAGAGAGCCAACGCCCUCCAGUCCUGUCCCGUCCAAUCAAACAGUCUCCCCGAUCUGCUCAGCGAAUCACUAAGAAGGGCUUCUUCUUCUCUGGUCUUGUUGUAAAUAAACUUCUCUUUCUCUGUCACUCUCUCUCUUUUAACGGUGACGCCAUGUAAAUUAGAGAGCACAGGAAGUACUUACUGGAUGUCGGGUUGCAGAGUGGAAGUGAAAUAUUAGAAUGUGUGUUUGUUUGGGGGGGAAAAACGAUAUCAGCAUGGACUGAAUGUUGCGUGUUUUGGCUCAGUGUUGCGCUGAUCCAUCCAAGGCAGGAAGUUAAACUUUUGCGGCUCACUAGGCGUCUGAACCAAUGGUUCCCAACCUGGAAAUGUUUGCAGAACUACGAUUCCAGUCCGAAGGGUCGCAAGAAGGUUUACAGGAUGAGAAAUAAAAAAAUUUAACAUUUACAUGGUACAAAGAGGGCUAGAGUCAAGGCGACUAAAGGCCAGUCCAAGACUAUUCCAAGUCUGCGCAGUUUUCAGAACGAAUCAAGACCGUGUCCAAAUGCAAAAAGUGUUCUGUUGAGACAAAGUCCUAGUGUGGUCAAGGUUGAGUCCAGAUGUCUGAAAUGUGGUCAAGACAAAGAAUAAAUGGACUUCAGUCCAAAUGCGGUCUAUUGUUCUGUCGAGACCAAGUCCCAAUGUGGUCAAGGUUGGGUCCAGACGGCCGACAUGUGGUCAAGAAUGAGUCGACCCGACACCAAAUAUGGUCACGGUUUGAGACGAGACCAAGUCCCAAUGUAGUCAAAUUUGGGUCCAGGCGGCAGACAUGUCGUCAAGAAAAGAUCAACUUGAGUCCAAAUUAAUCAAGUUUGGGUCAAUACCAUGAGGCCUAAGAAAGCAAACUAUUGAAACCAAAACAGUGCCAACUGGGUAUUCGCCAUACUGUUGUCUCACUUACAGUACAGUCAUUUGGAAAAUAAGCUUUACCUGGACUUUAUUGGCCGAAGCUGGUGGCUGUGCCUGAGACAGAAGUCCACGAUGAAACUGGACUCUAGUAAAGUCCACAAACAUGCCUACAGUCUUUGCUUGCUUUCCUUUUGCUUAGUCAUCCUAGUCAUAACUCCUGCAAUGAUGAGCGGGGAUGAAGUCAGUGGCGUGGACUACUGAUGCAAACACGGUUCUGUUUACAUCGGGUGUUGGCGUACGUAGAUGUGAGAACUCGCGUAGUCGGUGGAUACAGUCCACAUGGUCAUAGCUUUUGGACUAAACCCUUGGAAUUUAAGUCGUUGGACAUUCAAAGCUACUUAGAUGCAUAAAGGAUGGUAAGGUUGGGAUCCACUGGUCUAAAGAUGCGCUGGUAAUUUUAAGCCGUCACACAAGAUUGUAAAGAAACACACCUUUCUCACCCUGAUGACGACGACGUAGAUUUGACUGAGCGUUGAUUUCUUUCGUCGACUGAACGCUAAUCGAUCGUCGGGAUAAAAAGCUGCUUAACCUCGACAUUUGUGUGUGAUGAUUUUCACCUUCAACACUAUGCUGAGCAUCACCUGCUCGUCUCUUAGUCUUUGCUCUCUCUGCUGUUUUCGUGCUCAAAUUGUAACGUAAAGGUUGAGAAGCAGCUCUCAAACCGACUGUGUAUCCAAGCAAUAUUCAUAAACUCAUCAGUCACCGUCACAUGGUGACUUCACACGCUGACGUUGCUGCAAUAUUCCCGUUAAACCACAAACACACUCAUGUUUGUAGACUUGUAAGAAACAGUGAAAAGAUGAAGUCAUCAUGAACUGAAAAUAUUUUCUCCUUCUGCCUUUUUGUUUUAAACGUCUGCCUUUACGUUCCUAAUUUCGUCCGACCUUGUAAUUGUACGUGCCACGCCCGUUUGCCCUCCCAGUCAUCUCAAAGAUGGCAUUUUAUCUUGCAUAAAUACUAAACCAAGGGGUUUGACCGCAACUUGUGUUUUCAAACUGUUUAUUUUAUGUUUAUAUCCGACUCUGUCCUAACUCUACCCAUGACAGCAGGACAGGGCAAAGACGUCCUUUUAUUUAUGACAGAAAUGCACUAAAUCUGAUUCAGUCUGUCUUAAGCUCAACACUUGCCACUACAGCUUUCUUUUAUUCUCAUAUUGGCACUAACUGACGUUUGCUUAUUUCUCUAAGCGGUGGCGGCUUCUGGCGGUGUCCUCUGACCUGAUUGGUGCUCUCAUUUUAACGGCAUCUAAAUUCUGAGCAACUUGGGAAUCCAGAAUCCAUUUAUUUAAGUUCACAUGAGGGGAGAAAGCUCAGUAAAAUCUGCUUUUAAAUGACUAUAGGCACCAAAAUAAUCCGUUGCAGGGUCAAUGAUAGCGCUGACCGCUAGCGGUGAACAAGCUAGCAACAAGUGUUUUCAUUCUAAGGCUAAACCAAGCAUGAAAAGUUGGGAAAUGUCUAGAUUAUAGAAACAUUGUGUUGGACAAGUCCGCAAAGUCAGUUUAUUUAAGUUGUAUGGCGCAGGAGAAGUUCUGUAAGGUUCUAACGUUAACCCUUGUUGCAGCUAGUGGUGAGCACUUUAGCAUGGCAGCAUUGUUUCAGCUUGCAAGCAGUUUCUACUACUACCAGUAAAAAUCAAAAUCAAGCUGCAGUUAUCUAAACACGGCUAAUGGAGAGAAGCAGGGCUGUGUACGGCCCAAGUCUGUUUAUUUAAUCUCAGAAUAAACUCUGUAAUGGCUGCUUUUAACUGUUUGAAUCAUCUAUCGCUGAAGCUAACUGUAGCUAGCGGUAAACAAACCAGCAUGGGCAGCAUUGUUUCGGCUUGCAAGCAAACUAUAAAUGACUUAAAAUUGGAAAAUGUUUAGAGAAUGGAAAUGUCUUGUGAAUCUCCAGCCCCAGCUAAUGAUCAGUUAGCUAAACCCAGCUAAUGAAAACUGCUUGACACCGACUCUUUUCAGAACAGUUUUGUUUGUUUGUUAAUGCAUUAGCUGACACUUGAAUCCAAAAUCUGAUGAUUUAAUCCCAUUGCAGCAAAGAAAGCUCAGUAAUAUCUAUUUGUAGUCACAGAAACUGCUGAGUCUGAUCUGAAGCUAAUUGCCGCUAGCGCUGAAUACGUUAGCAUGGUUAUUUUCAACUUUAUCUAAGCGAACUUUACUACCCGUCUUUCUUAUUCUUAAAACUAAACAUGAACAGUUGGAACAUGUUUAGAGACUAGAAACAUCCUGUGAAUCUCCAGUUGCAGCUAGCAAUCAGCUAGUUAAUCUCCGCUAACGGAGCGAGGCGAGGCGCAAUAUAUUCUCUAGUGGCGUUAGCACAGAUAUAACAAGAUUCACGCUGCAAACAAGUGAAGCUGCCUGCUUGUAAAUGAAUCACGUCUGCUUUGAAAGAUCCGGUGAACGAAGAAACCGCGCUAAUAUUGCAGCUCUGCGCCACCUCACCUGUACAUAGACUUCAAACUAAAAAACGACUCAGUAUGAUCAACGUUUGGUUUGUCUGGUUGUGUUAUCUCUUGUAGCCUUUACCCCUAAGCUCCACCCACCAGGGCUGUCCUCCACAUUAUUUAUAAACGAACCCCGUGAGGAAGACUCCGCCCCCUCAAACCUACGUUUUUGUAUAUUUUUCUCCGACUUCUCCACUUUUAUUAUAAUUGUUAUAAUUUCAUCCAGAUGCAUUAUUGUUCUUAUUGUCAUUGUUAUUCUAAUUAUUAUUAUUAUUGUUAUUGACUUUUUGUUGGCUGUACAGUACCGUUGUUGAAAAAUUUUACUUAAUACAGAGUCUUCUACUGUAAUGUGUCUCUUUUCAAUAAAGACAAGAAUAAUGCUUCUUAAUAUAA